GUCUGCAGAGACAUGGAUAUUUUCAUGGAUUUCAGUGUGACCAGUAACAUCAGCCACGAAACAGGACAAGGAGGCAGUAAAAGCCACGGACUCAACCGCAGCGACCCCCUGGACAGUUUCGUGGGCAUGGAGAUUCUUCUGCGUUUCAAACCCCUCUUCUUACCUCUCUACUGCCUCGUAGUGGCCGUGGCCGGGGUGGGAAACUCCAUCCUGUUGGCUUGCAUCCUGGCUGACAAGAAACUCCACAAUGCCACAAACAUUUUCAUCGGAAACUUGGCAGCAGGCGACCUGCUGAUGUGUUUGAGCUGCGUUCCCCUGACUGUGUCUUACGCCUUCGACAGCCAUGGCUGGGCCUUCGGGAGGCCCCUGUGCCACCUGGUCCCCUUGCUGCAAUGUGCCACGGUGUUCGCCUCAGUGCUUUCACUCACUGCCAUCGCGGUGGACCGCUAUGUUGUUGUAGCUCACCCGGUUCGGAAGAGGAUUUCUGUGGGGGGCUGUGGUGCAGUGACUCUGGGUGUAUGGCUCCUGUCUCUGGCUCUGGCCGCACCUCCCUCUAUCUAUACUCGCUAUGUGGACCUACGACCCAGUGGUAUCGACUUGGUGGUGUGUGAAGAAUUCUGGCCUAAUAGUGGCAAUCUGCGGCUGCUUUAUUCCUGCUUCAUCCUCAUAGCCUCCUAUAUGAUCCCCCUGCUGUCCGUCAGCAUGUCCUACUGUGCCAUCACUGUCAGCCUAAAGCGCUAUUCAAUACCCGGGGAGCCAUCCAGCAGUCAGCAGCGCUGGAGCCAAAGGAGGAAGAAGACCUUCUAUCUUCUGGUAGCCUCAGUUCUGUCCUUCGCCCUGUGUUGGCUCCCACUGCAGGUCCUGAACCUGUUGCUGGACCUGGACCCGAACUUCCACUUCAUAGGGAAGCGCUACAUAAACGUCUUACAGGUCUGCUGCCAUUUAGUAGCUAUGAGCUCUGCGUGCUACAACCCGUUCAUCUACGCUUCACUGCACAGCAAGGUCCGCAUGCACCUGAAGGGCUACCUGUGUCCUUGCCGCAAGCGUCAGAGCACCGUGGUGUCGAGGCCGACAUCAAGGAGCUGAUUUCGACCUGUCUCUGCUACAUCUACUACUGCUGCUGCUAAUACUACUACUACUUCUAUUACUACUACUACUACUACUCCUCACAAGCUAACACCUACAACCCUAAAACGGAUGUUAAUGAAAUAUGAAGCUUCUUUCCUCAUAUACAUUUAAAUAAUUUGUUCUCCAUGAUUUUACAUCAUUCUGUGACUUGUACAAUGUUACCAGAGGUAAUUCCAAAUAGGGUUACUUAGUACAAAAAGGAAAAGAUCAAGUCCAGAGAGGGGUCCACUAUUAUGAUGAACAAGAUUAAGUCAUCCAUUCGGAUCCCUGUGCUUUUCUUGGAUGGCUGAGCUGCUGGUGUCAACAUUAAGCAGAUGCUGCACCAGUGGCAUAAACAUACUCUUUGGCUCUGUCUUGUGCUGGAUGCUGAGACCGGGGAUGGUUCCUGAGUUCACAGAGCCUGGUUUUAUGUGAACACCAAGCGCUUGACUUCCCGGGAGAUGACCGACGAUCAGCUCUUCUCAGCACACAUGGAUUUGGAACAUGAAGACAA